GUGGUAAGGAUGAAUUCGCUAAAAGGAAGGAGAGGAAGACUGCCUUCAAAAGGUCGACUAUCUCAGAUGGGCCAUUUUGAGCUGCCUCAAAUUAAUCUGGCAAGCGAACUUGUUAAGGCGCACAACGGAAGGACUGCUGAAUCACAUACAGCAUUCAGAGAGUCGUCGGAUUUAACAGAAUGUAGCCAAAAUGAGAUAAUUCGACAUUUUUAUGCUGGGUUUGUUCAGCAGUACGAGGCGUUGAAAGCAUGGUCUGAAAAAAUUCUUGAACUUGCUGAUGUAUCGAAUGACGACAAAAAACUUUUAUUUGAUGCUGCAUUUCUAGAAUUACUGUCCUACACGGUUGCAAAGAAUUUAUCAGGCGCACAGUCAUUCAUCCCACUAACCUCACGUCUGUUGUUACCGAAAGAUAAAUUUUCAAAAGAGUUCAGUGAGUGGGUGGAUUUGAUUGUUCAAUAUUCAUCGAAUCUGAAUAAACUUUCACUCGAUGCCACAAGCACUGCCUGCAUGGAGGCCCUUAUUUUGAUCACAGAUAGAGUUGGUUUGAAGGACUCUCAGCUGGUCGAUAAACUGCAAUGGAAGGUGUGCGAGACCCUUUACGAGCACAUCCAGAACACGUACGAGGACACAGAUAGGGAGUCACCCGUCCUAUCCCGCAUCCUUGGAGCCUUGCCGCAGAUCAGAUCAAUCAGUAUGCACUGCCUUCGUUUACUUCAAAAACUUGAAACUUCAAAACCAAAAAUACCUCAACCGGCACUUGUUAAGCAUGUAUUUCUCAGUAAAAGUUUCUCUUUGUAAAAAUUAACUUUUUCUCAAAUAUUGUUUUAUGUUAUAUAUUCUAUAUACGGUGUAUAUAUACAUAUAUAUAUAAUAUAUGUAUAAUUCACAUAGUUAGUAAAUGUUUUAUUGAGUGCAAUAGUGAAAUAUAAACUGUUAUAUAUGGUGACAAUUAUUAAUGUUAUGUUAUGAUAAAACUAUGAUUCAUAUUUUGAAAUCCUAUUUGAAAUUUACUUGAAUUGCAAUUUCGCAUAGGACAAAUAACCGAUGAGGUUAAUUACAUUAAUUACUUAAUUAAUUAUUAAUUAUAAUUGGUCU